UAAUGGUUUUCAGCAGGAAAGGGUACCAUUAGCUAAAGGAUGUAGAUUGCAGAUUGCAAGUGACCUCUAUGCUCUCCACGUGCUUUUGGCAUGACUCCACAACUGCAGUUUUUCCUUCUGCAAAACGGGAACCAUGACUGAAAGGAACUGGGCGCCAAUAGGGCCUAUGAAUUGGCUCGAUAACAAAAGAGCAAAAGCUCUGAGAGUAUCCAAUGACAGGGAGAUAUUUCAGCUGAAGAAGAUUAGACGAUCGCUGGAUUCCAUGAAACUGAUGAAUGAAAAUCUCCUGCUACAAGAAGAAAGAAAGGUGAAACGGUGGCUUAGGAAUCAAGCAUCGAUCUCCCCCACAUCCUCCUACAAAACAGUGUAUUAUAAGACUUCCAAUUAUCCUGGGUCCAGCCAAGGUCAAACUAUAACAGACACCCAUCCCAUCUCUGGGAAAGAUUCAGUGGACAUCCCUUGGAGCCAGUUUGGGGACCAUCUGUCCAACUUUGUGAGCUUUCUACGACAACCAACCAAGAGACCCAUCUAUGACCGGAAACCUUCCAACAAUCUGACCCCCUUCAGCGGAAUGGAUCUGCCUACUCAGACUCUUUCAGCCAGAAACGCAAAUGCUCCACGAAACAGCAUCCGCAGCACAGCCUCCCCCAACAAGGAGAUUCAGAAGACCAGCAACAGGAAGCAAUCCAAUCUGGAAAACACCAUCUCUCUCCAGGAGGCGGUGGCCUUGUUCCCUUCUUUGCAACGCCUGCUGACCAAAAAAGAGAAGUUCUCUAUUUCAUCUCUCUACGUUCAGAGCCCCCCCACUGGAUUCACCACCUUGCAGAAGAAGCUCAAAAGCAUGCUUGACAAAGACAGAGAGGACGAGAACUUCAAAAUCCCGCUGCCGUUGCCCGAGAUUAAACCUGAAGAAAUUUUGAGCUGCAGGUAUCUUCGUUUGUCUCAGAGCAAUAUUGACACUUUGCUGGAGCUGUGUAAAGAAUCUGGGAUUUACAUAGAUUUGCACCCCCAUAUGAAAGAAUCUGAAAUUGACGCGAGCUCCAUACUCUCACUAAAACCCCACCGAGCUCUGUAGCUGUAUCUCUGCUCCAAACUUGGCUGCUUGUAGAUUGUGUGUUGCUUAGAAAAUGAGACUUUUCUGCCUGGGAAAGAACAAAUCAAUUUCUCAGUUGAAAUGAAAAACCAGGAACUAAAGACUUUUUUUGGGAAAGGAUGAACGAUGCAAUGGUUUAAAAAACAAA